CUUAAGUUCCUCAAACUUUGAGAAUCAAAUUAUGCGUAAUUUCUCGAGUGUGUUUGGAAGCUAUUAGGCGCCUGAAUCACAGGACGUUAUGAAUUCCUUAAGGUGAGUGGCCCAUUCCUCCAAGAUAAUUGAAAAUAAUGUUUUAGAUGGCGCGAUUAUCGAAAGUUUGUCGGUGUAGAGAAUGUAAUAUUUAACUUUGCCUGUCUAUAGCAGUUUUAGCCUCAGUGUACUUGAUGAUGAUAAACCUGUAAUUGUUGGUCUUCUGUAGAUAGAUAGAGAUGGAUAGAUUAUCUAUAUUUACCCACAGACAUCAGCCAUAAAAACAUUCAAAUAUAUAAACAUGCAUUAAAUGGAUAAGAUACCAUAAAAACUAUACUUAAAGCACAAACCUAACUAAAGCUGCUUUCCAUGAAUGCCAUGCCGGAACGUACUUCUUUAAUUAAAAGCUGAAAUAAUUCAAGGGACUCUGCUUGUCAUAUGUCACGAGGAAGUCUGUUCCAAAGAGUGGCGCCACUACAGCUAAAGCUAUUUAUGUAAUAGUUUGUGCGCGGCUAAGGAACAUUAAGCUUAUUCUCAGAGUCUCUUAGGUUAUAUGCAGUUUCUCGCCUUUCAAAUUUGGAACAUAAAUAAUCUGGAAUUAAACCAUGCAGAGACUUAUAAACCAUUGUGGCUCUUUGUAUUUGCUGCUGGGAAGCUAGGUUUUUCCAGCUCAGGAGCUCAAAAAAGUGACCAGCAUUUGCGUCAUAAUUUGAAUAAGUCAAAACAUGGGCUGCUCUGUUUUGUGUCUUCUGUACCUUUUUCUGCAAAGUUAUCCUGCAGUUUCCCCAAACAAUAUUACAAUAAUCAAAAUGUGGCUCAAUCAGAGCUUGAUAUAUUAGAAGCAAAGUCGCUUGAGGGACAAGGUGCCUUAUUCAUUUUAUAGCCCCAAUGCCAGAAGCAACUUUCUUUGUUAGUUUAUCAAUGUGACUGCUCCAAUUAAGUUUGUUGUCAAUGGUCACUCCGAGUAAUUUUGCAGUGGUGACCUGGCUAACUUGAUUGUCUUAAAUUGUGAUCGUCAGAGAAACUGCAAGAGUACUUAAUCUCUGCCUCGAACUGAUGAGCAUAAACGUGGUAUUAGUCAUAUUUAGCAUAAGUUUGUUUGCUCUCAACCAAUUGAGAAUACAACUGAAGAUUGUCUACACAAUCACCUGCAUAUGUAAGGUGGGUGUUGUCGGCAUCACAAAGUGUGGAUUGAAAUUGACCAAAUGUAUGAGCAGUCUGUGGAAAAGCUGAUGUUUUGAGCAUUAGCCCUUUGUCAGAGCAAUUGGAGGAAUUGUGGGUUGUGUGUGGGUUUAUAUGCAGAAAGUGGAGCUACGCUAUUGGUGGGAAUAUGGUGACAAAAACAGGUUGGAUGCGUCCUUGUCAUUUUUCUUUCCACACUGAAUGUGAAUGUGUUCGGUCGGAAUCAGGUCACCCAUUCAACUCAGACACAGAACCUAAGUUUACCUGCCCUUUAUUCCUUUAAAUUCAGACACAGAACCACAGUUUCUAUUUUAGAAACUUAUUUCCCAUUUUUAUUCCCCAUUUCCUUUAAAAUUCAGGUCUGUUGACAUUCCCCAUUUCCUAUUCUCCAUUUCCUAUUCCCCAUUUCCUAUUCCCCAUUUCCUAUUCCCCAUUUCCUAUUCCCCAUUUCCUAUUCCCCAUUUCCUAUUCCCCAUUUCCUAUUCCCCAUUUCCUAUUCCCCAUUUCCUAUUCCCCAUUUCCUAUUCCCCAUUUCUCAUUCCCCAUUCCUCAUUCCUCAUUCCUCAUUCCUCAUUCCUCAUUCCCUGUUCCCUCAUCCAUAGCUAAUUUAAAACUACAGUUGAGUAACGAUUUAUUAAUUGAUAACAUCUUAGCAAUAAAUUGAGUUCUAUCUUACAAGGUGCUAAGUUAUGACUUGUUGUAAAUCAGUUUGCAUUAUUCACUUGUAAACAUUCAAGCUUAUUGGCUAGAGCCCAUUUUUAUAACCAUGAAAAUAAUGAUAAUAAUAAUUAUAGUAAUAAUGAUAACGAUAAUUUUAGAACAAUCAUCAUUGUAAAGGAUGCAUUAAUCAGUAAUCUCAUUUCCUAACAAGACUGAAAAACAGUUUAAAGAUGUAAUGGUCAAAAGUGAUGAAUCCUAUCAAGUUAAUAAUGAUACAAUAAUAAGAUACAAGCAAUGAAGAAGAUAUUGAUGAAAACUGAAAUGUCUAACCUUUGCGUCUUUUUGCUAGUUAAUGGUAGUGUUAUUAAUUUUUUUUACUUGAAGGAAAAAGGUUGGAAACUUCAUUGCUGGUAAUGAUACCAGCCAGACUCAACAGACAGACCAACAAGCAAAGGGAAAUCAUACUCCUCUUCCUGAAGAUCAAUAUGUAUUUCCUGGAAUAAGAUACACCCUCCACUUUGUUACCAUUGAUGUCACAACAAUUGGUCAAAGUGAGCACAUAAAUCUCCUUAUAGAUUUUGACAUAACUAGUGCUUUGCUUUGACCCCUUACAGUGAUUCACAUUAAUUUGAUUUCUCCUCACAACAUCACUCCUGAAUCACACAAUAAAGGCAUGAGAAUAAAAGGAAAUGAUCAUCAACUUAAUUAAGAAGCUCUUGAUUGGUAAACAAAUUCUUCUUGUGAGCAGCUUAGGCAGUGUAUGGAGAACAGUAUGGAGAAUAUGUAAAACUAUACUGAUGAUUGGGUGUCAAAGGUUAAUGAGGAAUAAUCUUUGCACAGUUAUCAUUACUCAGAGUUACUAAUUGGUCAACUGCUGAAUCUUCUCCUUUCUUUUUUGUAUGAAAUUGUCCUACAUUUGUAUGUUGUUUUUAAAGGAAUCUCAGAAAACUUAUUUAUCUAUUACUUCUGUCUAAAUUACAGCCACAUUUGGCCUUGUCACUGGAAAGACAAGUGUUUCUUCUGAUGUGACAAGUAAGUAUGCCAAGCUUGGUGAACCUUAUCAGCAAGGAUUUAUUCUUGAAACAUUUAAAGCAGUGCCAGGAAUUGGGAAGAUUGGUUGGAAUGCAAGUGAAACUCCAUAUCAAGGAGUCUUCUCAAGGCCGAUGGGGUAUGUUAAGAAAUAAAAUAUAUCAGUCUAUAAUUUCUCUCAGUCAUUAUGCAUGUUGUGAUUGGUCAAUUUAGUAGGCCAUACUCUUUCAUUUGCCCACUAUGAUUUAGAGAUGUUUUUGUUGCAAAAUCUCUAGUUCCUGAAUUUCAUAGGAAUUGAAUGUUUACAUCUUUUGUUUUCUUUGAAUGUGGAAGUUGUACUCAUUAAGGAGAAUUUUCCCUGUGCCCUUGAAAAGUUUUAUUCCAAGUAUCUUUAUAUCAAAUAGUCCACACUAUCUGGCAACUUUGCUUUUUGCUUUUCAAAGAAAAUCUUGUGAUACUUUUCCAUUUACACUGCUAAUCUAUACUGCUACUACAACAGGUUUCUGUAUGUUUCCUAUUUGAAAGCAAUUUUCCUGAAAAUGCAACUACUUAUAGUGGACGCCAUGUUUUCUUGAGUAAUUUUUCAUUGGAGUGAGAGACUCAUAAGAGUCACCUUAAUCAAAAUAUCUUUUAUCUCCUUGUUGGUUUGUUUGAAAUAAUAAUUUUCUGAAUGAGACUUAUAUCACUUAAUUGUGCAAAAGUAUGAAGUAGAUUUGAAGAGAAAUAGUGGUAUAAUAUUGGUCCAAAACAAAAAUGUGCGACACUGGCUCCUCUGAUGUUAGGAAAUAAGGUCAAAACAAGAACCUUGAUGUACAAAUUUUAUUUUUAUGAUUACUUUUUUCAACUAUAUGUGAUUCAUUAAUUGAUACAUUCCAACUAGUUUAUGAUCUUGUAGUCACACUUUCAGAAACUCAAUAUCACAUUAGUUAGGUGAGAAUGAGUCCUUACCUUAUGCUCAGAAAACUGCUGUUUUUAUCAAUCAGUGCUCCAGUUUACCACUCAUGGCAACUGUUGGUGGUAAAAUCAAGCAUCCAGACAGUAGAACGAGCAGGACUGUUGGAUCAGCUCUCGGGUCGUGGUAAUGAUGUCACUAACCAGUCAGGAAUUAUUUCAGUGGUAAGUGGCACUGCUUUCCUUUCACUUAAUUAUUGUACAGUCCAGUCUUGUGUCAUCAGACUUUUUCUUUUAGUAACUUCUAGGUGAACUGUGUUUUCAUUUUAAACUGAACUAAAAAUCCACAAGAAAUUGUUGGAAGUUCAAGUUGAAGUGGUUUAGUGUUACAAGCCUAGCUUGAAUCAGCCCAUCACUGCUGUGAGAAUGUAUCCAUUUUCCUGAGCAUGAAGCAACUAGGAGGUAAAGAGAGAGGAGAUUAUUUUCCAAGUCUGAACAAAAGUUGCUCAGACCAUGAUAAUCUAGCUAGAAAAGUCUGAUAGUAAGCAAAGAAUUCUCCAAACUCACUAAUAAACACCCUGCUUAAUCCAGAGUUGAGGUUGCUAAUCACCAAGGCCAAGUUGUAUAAAGGGUGAAUAAUGGAUAAAUAUCCAAUGGAUAAACUGCUAACCAGCAGGUAAGUAUCAGCAAAAGGUAUGGUGUUAUCCAGCCAACAGAGGUUUAUUCAGUGGAUAGCAUUAUCUAACCCAUGAACAACCCUCGUCAGUUCAACUCUCCUCUACUUCAAAAUGGAAACUAGAAUUUAAUAAAAAGGUAGCUUAUGCAUAAUGAGCCUGAAGUAUGCAGUUAUCAACACCAGUUUUUGCAUUUAUUUUUCUGUGGCAGAUUGCUCAAUAUUGCAGGCAAGGUGGGCGUUUAGCAAGUGUUGAACUAACUGGACAGAAAGAAAGUCAGGGAGUGUUAGCAAAAGUUGGUGGUAAAAGUGAAGGUAAUUGAAGGUUUUCAUUUAAUUGAUACAGUUUUUUUUUAUUAUAAAAAUUUGUUGAAAGGUAGUUGAGAAGGAAAUAAAGCUUGUUUUUUCCUCGUGGUUUCAGUGUUUGGCUGUGAUGUGUUCUUCAACAUGCCAUUGCACCAGAACCCUACACUGUACACAUACCAGCUUGUUAAUGUUCCUGUUCAAAUAAUGUACUUGGGUCCUGGAAAGCUUGUCAAAGUCACUUGUGACUGGAUGGCACACUUUACUCAACAUUUACAAAAGGGAUGGAAAUUGGUGGAUAUCUUUUGGGAUCAGGGAAAAAGAAGUCAUGGAGGUAUUUAUGCUGUUGUCAAUAUUUCAUAAUUUAAUUUCUUUUCCAGUACCAAAAGUGUCAAAUCCUGCGAUCUGAUUGGUACUUAGUGUGAUCUGGAUUUUCCUGAAAUCAUACCAAUGCCCUAGUGAGUUUUCAUCUAUAGUUUUACACAGAAACAAUUUUGUUUUAAUUUACGUAUAUUUAAUCUUUGUAAGGCUAAAAUGCACUGGAAGAAAUACUUAACUUAAAAUACUCAUCCUUAAAACAUUAAAAUACUCACUGCAAGGUCCUCCAAGCUGGCAAAGAACACAUUUUGAAUAUGCAGUCCUCAAAUGGAAAAUAAAACUUGAUUACAUGAGGAGGUAACAAUCUCAUCAACUUUAACAGAAAUGGGAAGGUAAUCAUAUGCGAUACAAAAAGUUAAGAGUGGGUUGAAAGAGAUAGGGAAUCCGUUGGUGAAGUUGUUGAAAUAUUUGCUAAUAUCAGUUAACUAACUCAUUUCUCUGGUGCGCUAGACUUUUCCCUCUCUGGAGAUCACAAUUCAGUGUGGUUUUUUGAAAGAGAGACUAAAAAAAUGACAGACCUCUAUCCAGUUUACCAAGGCACCAUUAUUGAGUACCAGCACACAGUAAAGGUAUGUAGUUGUUUCUGGAACAGGAGAGUUGAAACUCAGACUUUGUUAUGAACUGUUCCUUGUCUCAUUACCAGACUGUGAUGGUUGCCCCCUAGUUAACCACGGAAUGUACAUCUUCUUGCUCUACACCAAGUUUUAUCAAUUGAAAAUGUUUAGUUUCAUAUGUUCUGUAAGUAAAACUGAACUAACAAAAAAGUAAAGGGGUAAGUUUCUAGAGAAACUGUGGUGCUGCAUUGGUGAGAGAGUGUAACAGAGUGUAAUUUGGUGUUAUCAACUAAGUUGAUAAUGUAAAUUGGCCACGGUAAAGUUUGAACCUUUCCCUCACAAUAUCCAGGUAUUUAUUCUCUGUACUAUCUGCCAUGCAUUUUAUAAACAUGUAGCUCAGAGAAUUCAUUCUUAAAUGAAACAGUAUCCUACCCUCUAUUGUUAUAAAUACAAUGUCAAUGAAAGGAUAAACUUAAUUUUAAUUUGUAACAUCUGGGGCUGUAAGAGUUACUUUAGGCACAUGGGAGCUUGCACAUCAGAAUUGUGAGGGGUUCCUUUUCAAUUGUUAUUUGGAAUAAAUAUCCUUACCUGUUUCCCCUUAUUGUUGAUAUCAACAUUACCUUAAUUUUUUUUUUUUAGGUACCAGUAAUUAAGACAUUUUUAGGACUGUAAAUUAACUUCAAGUAGUUAUUCAAUGAUUUUCUUCCUCGGUAGAACUUAGUAAUUAAAUUAGUACUUCUGACAAUAUUUCUUUUCCUCUUCAGCUGGGCUUUUUUGAGACCAAAGCCAAAGGAGAUUGGACACCAAUGAUAACAGAAAUGGGCAACAGAGGCUGGGAGCUAGCAUGCAUGUUAGAGACUCCAGAGGUUGCAAAAAUAGGCCUUGGAAGCAUGACAUUCAAAGUGUUAUUUUUCUUUCAAAGACGUUUGGUGCAACCCACACCACAUGGGGGCUACCCCACAGCUAUCCCGCAGGGAAUUCCUGGUCCCUAUAGGCCUCCUCAGGCCCCUCAUGUUCCACCCCCUGGGGCACAGUACCCUAUGACUGGGCAGGCAGCAGGGUACUACCCUCCUCAGGGGCAAGGUGCUUAUCCUCCAACAGGAGGAUACCCAAACUAUGCACCUCCACCCUACAGUGCAGCACCUGAACCAAGUGCUCCCCCCCUGCCCGAGAAACAGUGAAUGUCAUAAUUUAUAUCUGUUUUAGAAGACCUAAUUUCAAAUGUAAUUUUUUAUGCUGUGAGCUGCAUACUAUUAUUCGUACUACAAUCUCAAGCAUUAUCAUUCAUAUCUAUAUCUAUAUAUAUAAGUUUGACAUAAUUAGGAAUUUUUUAAAUUAAAAUUUAUUUAAAGUUAUUAUAUGAAUAUAGCGAACUCUGAGCAGAGGCUUCUAGAGUGUGAAACUCCACUCAUGUAAUGAGGAAAGGAAUUGGUUUGAAAGUGGCCUGUUGUUCUCUUAGUUUAAACAUUGGCAUUUUGUAAAACUAUAGCCAAGUAGUUCAAAACUCAUUGGCACUCAUUGCUGGUUUACUUUAUACAAAACUUGUACAUCAACGUUUCUUACCUUUGUGUCUGGAUUUCUAUCAGCUCUUCACAAGUCUUUUCAAUGUGACAGUCACAAAUAACAUUGAAAGGUUGUAGAAAUGAUUGUAUGACUGUUAAAGUUUGUGCAGGUAAAGAGGUCUGAAAAAAAUUCAGGCUUUAACAGAGUUAGACCUGUGCUCUGGUCAGAUACUGGUCAUACAGUACUACCUACUGAGCUGUGAAGCCACAUAUUGGGAGCAUGGUAAAUUUAUGUGAUAUAUCUUGUCACAAUUUUGCAUUCAUCAUAAAUGAAUGUGAAAAAUGAAAUAUCGAAUUCUAGUAUAUACUACACAGGUGGAUAAUACUUUCCACAUACACAGAUUGGCUAGAGAAGAAGUAAAGAGUAAGUAUAAAGUGAGCAGUGAUGAGUUUAACUUCCAUUUUUUUGGGGGGUUUAACAUUCAAGUGAUUGUCAGUAAGUUUUCCAAUUCAAAUAUUAAGAAACAGUGUUUCCUAAUUUAGGAAACACACAGAAUGGACUUGUCUUUGAUGGACCAAGCAUGCUUCAAUUCAAUCUUAAUUUUAUAUAUUAAAAUGUGCACUUUUUACAUCGCCCAUUCCACAAUUGUUGUCAAUGAGUUUUAUAUGCCUUAAUUUGUUUAUGCAAGGCAUUAUCAUAAAAAAGUUCUGCACUGUUUGUUUUUUGGGAAGGAACUUUGUCAUUACUUUAGCCCAAACUGUCCCUAGAAAUACUGGGUUGUGGAAAAGGGUUGACACCCAUGGCUUACAAUGACAGAUAGAUGAGACUCCUGCUUCUGGGCUAUUGAUUGGAAUCAGGGGAAUCCCUUCCCUCAAGAUACACCAUUUAAGUCAUGUUUCAGUUUUGUAUCUGCUUUUAUUAUUUUUUUUUUGAGGGGCACCUCUAGGGAUCUUGUGAGAUAGCUACUUGUUUAGAGGGUGUCCUUCCAUAGACAGUAAAAAGGAAGACAACAAAUCUAGGAGUGAAUUGAGAUAUUUUAUUUAAGUUCAUGCAAUUGAUACACAAGGUUCAAGAAAAAUAGUGGUGAAGCUAAUAAUAAUAAGGCAAGUCAAUGCUACUGUAAUACCAGAACUACCUAGAACUCUGGAAACAAGUGACCGCACACUGUGAUACCAGAACAUCAAAACAUGGCCUCGGCUGCAUUACAAAAUACAGUAUUAGUGCCCAUUACUAUGGGUAAUAACCAAACUAGGUUAACCUAUGCAGAAUGUUCCCUAUAAGGUUGUGAGCUAGUCCCAUUAAUGCCUUGAUCAAUUAAUUGAUGCCACCUCUGUAUCUUGAACCCAAAGGUAGAGUGAGAGCAUGCACACCCUACAAUUUGAUAACUAAUAGUUUUUUCAAGUGAUAUGGUCCAGUGUUGGAGAUAUCACAAAUAAAAAUACAUGUCACCAGAAUUAUCACUGCAAAAUGAAACCAUACCAAAUUCAUACACAAUAAAACCACCAAAUGAAACCCCUGUUUCAUGCAAACUUCUUUGGCUAAAUAUUCAUUUUUCUUUGUAUGUGUAGCUCCUUCCUGGAUAGCAAAACAGUCUCUACUAUAAAACUGCUAUCAGCCUUGCCCCUCACCUUGCUCCAUGUUUCACGUUUACCUUUAGUUACUGUUUGGUCUUGAACAAUCUACAAAAAACCCUAUUAAUUUGCAGUCAAGUUUACAUUACAUUUUAAAUAGGAGCUCAGCCUACUAAUACUAUCCCUUACAAAAGAACCUUGACUGCAAAUGAAUUUCCCUAACCCUAACUUCUCACAAAAACUAGAUAGUCAAGCUAUGAAUAGUACUCAGG